AUGGGUGUGGAAAAUGGAUAUUCGAGUGGUUUGAAUGUGAAAGUAAAAAAUGCGAAUAGAACUAGCGAAAUGUAUGAAAGUACUAUAAACAAGAAAGAUGAUAUACACUACAAACGUACAAAAUCCGAAAAAUCCACAGUAUCCCAAAAAUCACCAGAGUCCCAAAGAUUUCCACAAUCCCAAAAAUCCACAGAAUUCAAAAAAUUCACAUAUCCCCAAAAUUACCAGAGUCCUAAAGAUUCUCUGAUUCCUAAAAAUCACCAGAGUCUCAAAGAUUCCCAGAAUCCCAAAAAUCACCAGAGUCCCAAAGAUUUCAAGAAUACCAAAAAUCACCAGAGUCCCAAAGAUUCCCAGAAUCCCAAAAAUCACCAGAGUCCCAAAGAUUCCCAGAAUCCCAAAAAUCACCAAAGUCCCAAAGAUUCCCAGAAUUUCAAAAAUCCCCAGAGUCCCAAAGAUUCCCAGAAUCCCAAAAAUCACCAGAGUCCCAAAGAUUCCCAGAAUCCCAAAAAUCACCAAAGUCCCAAAGAUUCCCAGAAUUCCAAAAAUCCCCAGAGUCCCAAAGAUUCCCAGAAUUCCAAAAAUCCCCAGAAUCCUAAAAAUCCGCAGAAUCCCAAAAAUCUCGUCUAG